AUGUUGCCGGAUUAUAAUUAUUUAUCGUUUGUUUUUUUAUUACUGUUGAAUUUUUACCAUGUGAACACGAGGAUGAUGGAUGGUGAUGGUGGUGACGUCAUAGGAAAACCGUGGGAAAAGGAUCUUAAAAUUCCAAAAGAUAUAAAACCGAUAUCCUACGAUGUUUACUUACAUCCGGAUAUGGAAAAUGGUUUAUUCAAAGGACAUGUUAAAAUAUUAUUUAAUUUAACGGAAUCGAGAGAUUGGAUACCCAUUCAUGUUAAAUCGACGACAAUACAUAAAACGACGAUUUUCGAUAGUAACGAACGGGAAAUCGAUGUUAAAAAUGCAUUCGAAUAUUCAAAACAUGAAUUUUGGAUUAUUCAAGUACCUAAAUUGAAUUCUGGCUUGUAUAAAAUGGAAUUGAAAUUUAAUGGAAGUUUAACACAAUCAAUUGUUGGAUUUUAUAGAAGUGUUUAUACAGAAAAUAAUAAAUCAAGGAAUAUAGCAACGACAAAAUUUGAACCUGUCGAUGCCAGGCAAGCAUUUCCAUGUUUCGAUGAACCUGCUUUAAAAGCAAAAUUCAAAAUAAGCGUUGUACGACCAAAAGAUGAAUAUUCUGUUUUGUCCAAUAUGGAUGUUUUGAAAGAAGAGCCAGGACCGGGUCCAAAUGAAGUCACCGUACAUUUUCCAGAAACCGUACCCAUGUCGACAUACCUUGUUUGUUUCAUUGUCAGCGAUUUCAAAGAUUCCGGCGUGGCUGUUGUAGACAACAAUGGGAAAUCUUUACCCGUUAGAGUUUAUUCUACUCCGGAACAAGUACAAAAUACAAAUUUUGCAAAAUCAGCUGCUGCAGCCGUUUCAAAAUAUUACGUAGAUUAUUUUGAUAUACCCUAUGCACUACCGAAAUUAGAUUUAAUUGCCAUUCCGGAUUUUGUAUCGGGCGCCAUGGAAAAUUGGGGUUUGGUAACAUUUAGAGAAACGGCUUUGCUCUUUAACGAUAAUGAAAAUUCUGCUUCGAACAAGCAACGUGUCGCCACCGUUGUUUCACAUGAAAUAUCGCAUCAAUGGUUUGGUAAUUUAGUGACCAUGAAAUGGUGGGAUGAUUUAUGGUUAAACGAAGGUUUCGCUAGUUUCAUGCAAUAUAAGGGCGUUGAAUAUGGAAUACCCGAAUGUAAAGAUUGGCAAAUGCUCGAACAAUCAAUUCACGAACAAAUUCACGACGUUAUGAAAAGAGAUUCGUUUGCAUCGUCUCAUCCAAUCAUACAACCCGUUAACAAUCCGGAUCAAAUAACAGAAAUAUUCGAUAAGAUAUCAUAUAAUAAAGGUCAUGCAGUUUUGAGAAUGCUCGAGGGUUUCAUGGGUGAAGAAAAUUUCAAAAGAGGAAUUCAAAAAUAUUUAAAACAACACGUUUUUUCAAAUGCUGCCACGACGGAUCUUUGGUCCGUUCUCAACGAAGAAAUAAAAGAAAGUGGCGUUAACGUCGGUGACGUCAUGGACACGUGGACUAGACAAAUGGGUCUUCCCGUCGUCAACGUGAAUAAAACGAAUGACGGUUGGGUAUUGACGCAGCAAAGAUUUUUAGCCGAUGCCGAAACAAAAUACAAUGUAGAUGAAUCCCCCUACAAGUACAAGUGGGACGUACCCGUUCAUUAUAAAGUCGUGGAUGGAGGGGAAUCGGGUUUGACGUGGUUGAUGCGUUCGCAGGGCGGAAGUAAAAUACCGAGAAAUGGUAAAAAUUUAGUAAAAUUAAAUCACAAUCAUUUGGGAUAUUAUCGAGUCAAUUACGAUUUGGACACGUGGAAAGAAUUUGAAAAUCUAUUGAAAACCGAUCACGAGGCUUUGAACAGAAGAGACAGAGCAAAUCUUUUAGACGAUGUCUUUGCCCUGGCAGGUUCUGGAAAAGUUGAAUAUUCCGUAGCCUUGGGUAUGACAUCAUAUUUGAAAAAAGAAAAAGAAUUUUUACCAUGGGCGACAGCAUCGACGGCAUUAAACGAAGUCAUACAGUAUUUAUCGUCUAGUCGUUAUUAUUCACAAAUAAGAGAAUAUGUGAGAUCGUUAGUCGAAAGUUUAUACGGGACCAAAGAUGGACAAUUUUCAUGGAAUGUCAAACCGACCGAUUCACACAUUUACAGGCGUUUAAGAGUUAAAAUUCUUGAUUUGGCAUGUCAUUCCGGUCUUCCUGCAUGUAUGGAUGACGUUGGAUCAUUUUUCAUGGAAUGGAUAAAAAAUCCAGAAACUAAAAUUCAUCCGGAUGUACGUUUUCUUGUUUAUCGUUACGGUAUGAAAGCGGUUGGAAAAGAAAACGAAUGGAACGUGGUCUGGAACAGGUAUUUGAAUGAGAAAAACGUACAGGAAAAAAUUAAUUUAUUAGAUGCGUUGGCAUCCGUUCGAGAACCUUGGCUUUUGUCUAGGUACCUCGAAUUGGCCAAAAACGAAACUUACGUACGUUCCCAAGAUUAUUUUCAAGUUCUCGGAUACAUAUCGUCGAAUCCUGUGGGAAAUCCCAUCGUUUGGAAAUUUUACAGGAACGAAUGGCCAAAUUUGGUGAAAAGAUUUACUCUUUAUCAUAGAAUCAUGGGAACGUUCAUUGCCGUAGUGACGAACGGAUUUUCAACACCCGUCGAAUUGGAAGAGGUCGAAGCUUUUUAUAAAAAGUAUCCGGAAUCGGGAGCAGGACAAAAUGCAAGAAAAGUCGCAAUCGAAAACAUAAAACAAAAUAUAAAUUGGUUGGAGAAAAACGAAGAAAUUAUUUACAAAUGGUUAUCAAAUCAAAAUUAA